GCAGCAGCACCUCCCCCAGGUCCAAGAGCCCUUUCAAGUGUACAGUGAAUGUAGAGACACGGUGGCACGGUAAAAUAAGAUGCAAACUAAUAAUGCAUGCUUAUUCGGGAGGACAAAAGAAAAUUUAAACCGGACUAUAGUCCGGUCUUCACUUCGAUCUACAGUUUUGCUACUGUUCUAAUAUAACGAAGGAAUCUACAAAUGUCUGCCUGCAAAAUAAUUCUCAUUCGCCAUGGGGAGAGUUGUUGGAACCAGGAGAAUCAUUUCUGCGGUUGGUUCGACUCUGACCUUAGCAAGACUGGGAUCCAGGAGGCAAGGAGAGAUGCCGGAUUUGAGCCUAAAUGAGCGUCAUUAUGGUAGUCUGACUGGGCUAAAUAAAGCAGAGACUGCAGCAAAGCACGGAGAGGCCCUGGUCAAGAUAUGGAGGCACUCCUAUGAUAUUCCCCCUCCUCCCAUGACUUUUAUAAUGUCAUUAGCAAGUCCUUCUGUAGGAUCGGCACUAUUCUGACCUGAGGACCAGCUACCUUGUGAAAGCCUGAAGGAAACUAUUGCCCAUACACUACCAU